AUUCUUAUCUUUAUACAAAUGGUUUCUCUUUUUCUCUGAAACUCUUUCACACUCUACUACUCUCUCCCUCUGUUCCACCCUUUCUAAAUGGUCCAACGUUGAGAAACUAAACACGCUGCUGAAUUCUUCUUCUUCUUUUACAUUUAUACAAUUAUUAAGGCCAAAAAGUGGGUAAGAAAAUGAAUGGCAUGGCUUCUCGUUUUGACUUCAAAGAGAUUCAGGACAAGGUUUCUCUUCAUUUGAGGCCAUGGCAUCGCUCAUUUCAAUUCUGGGUUCGAGCUGCUGAUAUUUAUACAGGCUACAAGGCGUUUCAAGUUCGAGUGAGUUUUGUGAAGGAUGUUCAAAAACAACAUGCAAUGUGGGAAAGACAGCAUGAGCUUGCUGCUGACAAGAUUUAUGCUAUGUGUUCUGACCUCGGUGGGUUCUUCCUUAAGGUUGCUCAAAUUAUUGGGAAACCAGACCUAGCCCCAGCUGCGUGGGUGAGAAAGCUUGUUACUCUGUGUGAUCAAGCCCCUGCAACACCAUUUGAUGCUGUUCAACUUGUUUUAGAGAAGGAGUUGGGUCGAAGAAUAGGCGAGGUUUUUGAAAAGUUUGACGUAAAUCCUCUUGGUUCGGCUUCAAUUGCGCAGGUUCAUCGAGCAAGACUCAAAGGUGAUGUGGAAGAUGUUGUUGUGAAGGUGCAACAUCCUGGAGUCCAAGAUCUGAUGAUGACUGACAUCCGUAACUUGCAAGCAUUUGCAUUGUACAUGCAAAAGACAGAUAUCAAAUUUGAUCUGUAUUCUGUUACCAAGGAAAUGGAAAAACAGAUUGGGUAUGAAUUUGACUUUCUAAGAGAAGCCAAUGCUAUGGAUAGAAUUCACCGUUUCUUAUACGAGAACAACAGAAAAUCUCCAGUUCAGGUUCCGAGAGUGCUCAAGGAUUUGGUUACAAGGAGGGUCAUAGUGAUGGAAUAUAUUGAUGGAAUACCGAUCUUGAAUCUCGGGGAUGAAAUGGCUAAAAGAGGGAUAAAUCCUGGUGGUAAGAUGGCAGCAGCAGCAAAGAAGAACAUACUUAAGAGUUUAACUCUAGCAUAUGGACAGAUGAUACUAAAGAGUGGUUUCUUCCACGCAGAUCCCCAUCCCGGGAAUAUAUUGAUAUGUAAAGGUUCAGAGGUUGCCUUACUGGACUACGGGCAAGUGAAGGAUCUGCCGAACCAGUUGCGGCUUGGAUAUGCUAAUUUGGUUCUUGCCGUCGCUGAUAAUGAUCCUGUAAAAGCAAAGGAAAGCUAUAGGGAACUCGGCAUAGGUACUGUAAGCAAUUGUGAGGACGAGCAACAGGAACUGUUUCGCCUGGCUCAAACAAUGUUUGAUACAAAACUACCUCCAGGAGUGAAAAUGCUCCAACCAUUCUCCGAAGAUUCUUCAAUAAAAAAAAUCGGUGUACAGUCUUUCCCCGAGGAACUUUUUUCAGUUCUUCGUACCAUACAUCUUCUGAGAGGACUCAGUGUUGGUCUUGGAAUAAACUACUCGUGUGCAGAACAGUGGAGGCCUAUUGCAGAAGAGGCAUUGUAUAAUGCUGGAAAGUUGGAAGGUGGUGCGAAAGCCUGGUUAUUGGAGAAGAUUUUUUCGGAGAAAUUGAUUGGCACUUGAAAGAAAGGUAGGCUU